GUACAGGGCAAGAGAAAAAGGAUCGUACAGUAUCAUAUCAUACUCGGGCAUGAUAUAAUUAUUUGGAAAUCCUUAAUAGGCGCUAAAGCAGGGCGCCUUAAACUGCUCCUAACAAACUAUAGAACCCUUAAAUUGAUCCGGGAUCUCAUUAGGGGACGGUACAUCGCUCUUGGGUUGGCACCUACCCUGCUUCGGCACCGUACUGACUGUAGCUAAAUUAUUAUCAUACCAUAGCAUGCGAGGCUUUAUCCCGGCUCAGCAUCGGCACUCACUCAGCAUUCAUACCAAUUGCGCUGCUAUCCUCUAACCAGCCCCCUCAAGAAGGAUAUUUUCUGUGAGGAUAAUAAGUAUGAGGGAGAAGGCCAUCCUACCAUCUUGUGCUUCAUAAAUGCCCUCGGCCUUGACAGCACUCGGCAUCAGGCCGACAAAGCUACCGAAAGAACAAUUGCAUGUUUCAAUAGGACACCACCUUGGGGUUAGCGAGGGGUACCCCGGGAGGCGCCAAAUGCCCUGCACUGGAGCCAUUAUCUGUUAUUAGCGACCAACUAUGCCGUGCAACCACCUCCCUCACACCCAAGAAGUGCCGUCGCUCAGAAGGCCAAAGAAAAAAAGAUGCAAAUCUUUCCACAGAGGCCAGAGAAGCUUUGCUCAUAGGGCGAUAGGGUAUUUCCCGACCACCCGCGAGGAGCCGGUUCCCGGUAACAUAGUUUUGGUGACUUGUUCCCCCUCUCCCAGUGCCAGCCGAGUAAUGCAUCAAUUGGUUGGAACUGCUUUGCUUCAUGCCGGUAAGCACUGUCUGCACGAGUAAAGCACGGCUGAGCAAAGUCUCACCACGUUUUUUUCCUGUCAUGUCUUAUCCUGCCAGUGUCCUGGCUUGUCGAGCCCACGAAAAGAGAAGUUCCAUCGACACAUUUUUCUUUUCUUUCCUUGCGCUCGUCAUCAUCAUGUCUUGUCAUCGUCGUUGCUUUUGAAUUUCGGCACUCGCUGAUCGAUCGGUCAUUCAAAAGCGCCCUGCUCCGCAUUCUCCUGCUCGGAUUUAGGGUUAAGAUCACUUUACCAUUCCACCUUUCCUCCGAAGUUAUAGGAGCUUUGUUGGGACAACGUUCUGAGGAGAAGAACGAGAGAACUCACCCCAAUGUCGAUGUCGGCAACGACCACCGCGCCCGUUCCGACGGAGACGUCUUUCCUGACGGAGGAGCGGAUUCUGCUGAUGGUGGGGGAGCUCUCCGACCGAUCCCGAGCCUAGCCUACGGACGAUAGAUAGCUUGCUGACUUGAGGAAAAAUCGUCAGAAUAAUAUGAGUGCAAUUCUCGCCGGCGUAUCGUUAUUAUUCUGUCUCGCUGUUCUUGUUGUCGUUGCAGUUCUGUUCUCAGAUCCACUCUCGAGGAAAGCUUUGGACCGUCUUUCUUUCCGAUUACUGACAUAUGCCUUGAUAUCGAAGUAUGUUGCAUCUGACUGUUUGCAUUCGUAAUGGAACUGAUUCCCCUCCCUUCGAGAUAGUUGCAUUUACAGUAUUGGAUACAUUAUUUGCGUCAAAGUUAGCCCGGGGGUGAGUCCUGGUUUAUUUUCAUUUUUUCACGUACCCGAGGGUUUUUUUUUUAUCCAACUGUUCUGAACAACUACUGACGGCCUUCUAGUUUUGGUGUAGUGAGUUAGGCCUAAUUGUUGGAGAUAAGGUUUUUAGUGGAGGUCGCACGCUAAGGCAACUACUAUCUAGCUGCUGGAGUAUGGCUGAUUCAAUUCUGGCUCGGUAAGUAGUUCCAUAGACUUUAGUGCAAAGAAAAAUAAAAGAGGGUGAGAAUUUACUGACGAAUUUCCACCAAAUUAGGAGUAACGAAUUGGUUAAUUCUGUGCAUCGCCGUGAAUCUACAAGUCGUGCUCGUCCACUCAAUGAAUAGCUUGAUUUUGGAAAAAUACUACAUCAUCGGAACGAUAUGUCUUAACCUCGUGAUCACGCUGCCCCCUCGUGAGCCACCAUCUACCGACCUUCGCCGCUACGGGGAGCUAACGGCUGUUAGUGAUUAAGGGGAAAUUUGGCUGGGACCCAGUCAUCGAUGUCUGCUGGUUAACCUCGAAAGAUCCCGAUGACCGCCUCAUGUGGCAGAUCAGCACACAGCUCUUCUGGAUUCUGCUAGCUGUGGUAAUCACCACAGUAUCAGCGCUGAUCACCAUGGGGUACCUGUAUAAACAUAAGGUAACUUGUUUUGUGUACUUCACCCCGGUCAUCACAGAAGGCCACUCAUGGCGUUUAGUUCGUUUCGGAGAAAGCUCUGCAGGAAACGAAGGAGGAUAGGCAAUUGCGUCCUCAUACUCCAACGGCUUCCCUUCCGAGGUUGGAUGCUCAUGGGAAGCCGAUGAUUGAUGAUAGGAUGCAUAUCCGGAGGAGCGCCACGAGAUUUGCUAGUCAGACAUUGUCUGCGACUAGUAGGUUUCGGAGUGUUAUUUUGAGAAUAUGUAAGGCUCUUCUAUAGUGGAGGCGGGUGUUUUCCUAGUUUGAGCUAAUGGGGGAGAACAGCGCUAUAUCCAAUUGUCAUGGUGGUUUUGAAUCUCGUGAUCACGAUUGCGGAUAUCAGGAUUAGUACUGCAAGUGGGAUAUAUUCCCAACGGGAUUAUAGUUUAUGUGGGAACCCACCAGCGCCAAUUCUAGCGGACCUAUACUGACCCUCUCCUAGAUGUCAUUUACUAUGCUCUCUAUGGUGGUGAGCGAGGCUCCUUCCUGGUGGCGUGCCCUGCUGUCGGAGCUCCAACUGACUCUGGAAAUUUAGCUCGUGGAAUUUUCUACGCAGUAAUAGCAAUAAUCGAUCCGUCCAUCAUCCGCGGAAUCCGGGUCUGGCGCGGCCUGCACUCAACGACCUCGUCAUCGAUAUCCGACGACAACUACGACUUCACAGUAGGCGGCGGCAUAAUCAACGUCCAGACGGAAAUAAUCCGAUUCGUAGAAGAACUAGGCAUCUACGAGGCAGAGGGAAAACCCAGUCCCUCCUCACCGCUGGCACCGCUCACACCGGCCGUAACACGCCCGGGGCGAUUUGACGUGCCGUCGCGGGGGGUAGAGACAAACGUGGAGGGCGGACCGGACCUGGAAUUGCCGCCGCCGCUACGGCAUCGACAGCAGGAGGAGGAUCUGGGUGAGCGAUUGGCGGGGGUCGGAGAAAGGGGGGGUUCUUCCACAGUGGCUGCGGACGAGGAUAGAGUCGUGGAGGAGGAUAGAGUUGCCGAGGAGACGCGGCGACGACAGAAACGGGCCUGCAUGACCAGACAGGAGGCAGAGAAACUUGUCAAGAGGCGGAUUUAG